CUUUCACUUGCAGAACAACAGAACAGAGUCCUCCCCGACGAUUCCGAAAAGGCGACAACGUACAACAACCAAAACCCCCGGGCCCUCCCUCGUUUUCACCGGCGAUCGACACACAUUUCCCCCCGCCGACGAUGGCUGCCUCUCCCACAACGUACUGCUCUUCCCCCGCUCUCGGAGGCUCCCGGCCUUCCGGCAGCCGUUCCGCUUCCUCGGUUUUCUCCACCCGGACGUUUUUCCGGCCCGUUUUCUCCACUGAGGCACCACCGCUCCCGAGGUUCGCCGUCUCCGUUCACUCCCGGAAUCCCGACGGUUCCACAGGGCGUGGGCCGAUCAAAUCGGCGUUGGAGGCGGAUUUGGCGGAGACAGAAUCGUCGUCGUCGUCUUCGGUCUCCUCGUCCAUCGAUUUUCUCACCUUCUGCCACCGUUUGAAGACCACGAAGCGGAAGGGGUGGAUUAAUCAUGGGAUUGAUGACGCUGAAUCGAUUGCUGAUCAUAUGUACCGCAUGGCUCUCAUGUCUCUGAUCGUCGGUGACAUUCCCGGUGUCAACCGAGAAAGAUGUAUAAAGAUUGCAAUCGUCCAUGAUAUUGCAGAAGCUAUUGUUGGAGAUAUAACACCAUCUGAUGGUGUGCCGAAGGCAGAAAAAAGCAGGCGUGAGCAGGCAGCAUUGAAGGAAAUGUGCAAAAUGCUUGGUGGAGGGAUGAGGGCUGAAGAGAUCAAAGAGCUAUGGUACGAGUAUGAAAACAAUGCUUCCUUGGAGGCUAACCUUGUCAAGGAUUUUGACAAAGUUGAGAUGAUUUUGCAAGCAUUGGAAUAUGAAACUGAACAUGGGAAGCUGUUGGAUGAAUUUUUCAUUUCAACUGCAGGGAAGUUUCAGACUGACUUGGGAAAAAGUUGGGCAGCUGAGGUCAUCUCCAGAAGGAAGUCCCAAGAAGGCAACUAGCUAUAAGCUUAUCUCCUUAUCACGCAUGUGGUCCUUACUCUCAUUACAUGCUGGGCCAAGGUUUUGGAUGCAACUCUCACAAUCACCAAACUCUUUAUGGAAACUACUGGUCGAAGGAUCGAUGAUCCGUGAACGGAAAAAAAUGAGGCAUUCGGCACGAGCAAUGGCGAUCUGUGGAAAGAAAUGUGAGGGAGAAUCCUGCAGUAGUAAGUAUUAACAUCAUACACUCACCAGUUUCGUAACUCCGGACGUUGUUCAACCAUUUAUCAUGUGCUAACAUAGCAGCUGGCUACUUGCCUAAAAAGCAAACUAUGCAUUAUUAAGUUUCCUCAUCAAUGGCGCAUCAUGUGAGUUGUGACUGUGUAAACCAAUUUUUGUGAUCAUGGUUAUGUUUCUUCUCGUUGUGAAGGUUGAGCAAUAAGGAAUCUGUGUUUUGAUAUUGUUGCUUAAAAUAGGUGUCCUUUCCUGCAGAACUUGUGUUCAUUGAAUGUCCAACCAAGGACAUAAACUCAGUAUGGAGAAAAGCACAGAUCUUUUUCCAUAGUGUC